CCAGCUUCACUUCCCUUUCCCAGCUCUUCUCCCAUCCUCGCCCGCGUUUAGAACUCCGUGUAACAAGUUUAAAGCUAUGGCGGACCGUUAUUCUUUCUCCCUGACUACUUUCUCCCCCAGUGGAAAGCUGGUUCAGAUUGAAUAUGCCUUGAAUGCGGUUAACAGCGGGGUAACUGCCCUGGGAAUCAAAGCUACGAAUGGAAUCGUUCUUGCUACUGAGAAGAAGUCAUCGUCACCACUCGUUGAUGCGAAUUCACUUUCCAAGAUUUCCCUCAUUACCCCAGAUAUCGGUAUGGUCUAUGCCGGCAUGAGUCCCGACUACCGCGUGCUUGUCGAUAAAGCACGGAAGGUCUCACACACUGGCUACAAGCGUAUCUAUAAUGAAUACCCACCGACUCGGAUACUAGUGCAGGAUGUUGCGCGUGUUGUGCAGGAGGCGACACAGUCCGGUGGUGUUAGACCUUACGGUGUCAGCCUACUAGUCGCUGGCUGGGACGACGGCGUUGAGCCCGCGACUGGAGAAGCUCAGAAAGGAGAUGAAGGGGAAGAGCCGAAAAAGGCUCCGGGGAAGACUGGUGGUAUUCUGAAAGGCGGUCCCAGUUUGUACCAGGUCGACCCCAACGGCAGUUAUUACCCUUGGAAGGCCACUGCCAUUGGGAAACAUGCAACAAGUGCAAAGACAUUUCUUGAGAAGCGUUACACGGAGGGGCUAGAGCUCGAAGAUGCCAUUCACAUUGCUCUACUUACUCUGAAGGAGACUAUUGAGGGUGAAAUGAAUGGGGACACAAUAGAGAUUGGCAUUGUUGGCCCGCCUGCUGAUCAUCUGCUGGGCUUCCAAGGUGUGGCGGGAGCCAGGGGACCUAGAUUCAGGAAGCUGAGCAAGGAGGAGAUCGAAGACUACCUUACCAGUCUAUGAUUUAAUCACGUCAGUAUGGGUGUUUGGAUUUUAUCGGGCCUAGUGAUAUAGUAGACCUUUGAAAUCUUCUGAUGAGACUCCCUCGUCUUCCCAACGGAGGCAGCUCCCUCUUGUCCAGGGACCAUCCAUCUAAGUAAUGCGACUAAAAUAAAAC